AUUAGCGGGCGACAGGAGAUCUACACAUACACUGAAAUCGAUAUCUGACAGUUAACCACGAUAUUCACACCUCCACCUGUCACUCAAACUCGGGGGCGGGGCUUGACACGAGAAAUUGACUUCCGACGAAGUCGGUCGAUUUUUCUCAGUAUACACGCCACAUUGAAUUCAAAAUGACGGAUCAUUCGUUGUAUGUCAAAAGGAAUCGACCCAUGGAUUACGCGAUGGGCUCUCUCCUCUCACAGUCGCCGUUCCUCCCAACAAUGACGAUACAACACCCUGGGCUGGCAGCCUCCCUGCUUCCAAAGCUCCAGCACGGGCUUGGGCGUGGUCCCAUGACCCCCUCGGACAUGAUGCCACACCACGACCCCUUCAGACCCCUCCGUGGGAUGGAACCCCCCGACAUGGAGGUCAACGAUGACCCCAAAGUAGAACUAGAAAGCAAAGAAUUGUGGGAGAGCUUCCACAAACUCGGCACGGAGAUGGUGAUAACAAAAUCUGGCAGACGAAUGUUCCCACCGUUCAAGGUGAAGGUCUCCGGGUUGGACAAAAAGGCCAAAUACAUACUACUAAUGGACACCGUUGCCGUCGAUGACUGCCGUUACAAGUUCCACAACAGCAAAUGGAUGGUGGCCGGCAAAGCUGACCCCGAGAUGCCCAAGAGGAUGUACAUCCACCCCGACUCCCCCAGCACCGGAGAACAAUGGAUGCAGAAAGUUGUCUCCUUCCACAAGCUGAAACUCACAAACAACAUUUCCGAUAAACACGGAUUUACUGGGCUGGACUACUUCCAAACGAUCCUAAACUCCAUGCACAAGUAUCAGCCUCGGUUUCACCUUGUCCGAGCCAACGACAUACUCAAACUCCCAUACAGCGCCUUCCGAACUUACGUGUUCAAGGAAACGGAGUUUAUAGCCGUAACAGCCUAUCAAAACGAAAAGAUAACACAGCUGAAGAUCGACCACAAUCCGUUCGCUAAAGGCUUUCGAGACACAGGAGGAGGAAAAAGAGAAAAAAAUUUCUCUAUUUCUAGACGACUGCUCCUGGGAAGUUCACAAAGUACGUCCGGCAUGCACUGCGAGCAGAAACCGGAAGUAAGCCACAAUGGCAGUGAUGACGAUGAAGCCGAAAACGAGGUUAUCGUGGUAGUUGAGACUGACGACGUGGCAGCGCCCGUGGUGGGAACAGAAGAUCGUGUGUCACCGGAAACUUUGCCAGAAUCCCAAACUUCCGAGUCAGCGGACAUUAAGAAUCCAGUAUCCGUUGACGAUCCACCCGACCCAAACAUCGACAAAGAUCAUUCUGAAGUUGAAGGUGACGUUCAAGUUGAACGUCGAGUUGAAGGUCAGCGUCACGAUAGUGAGACAUCAGUCACUGAUGUCAAGGUCGAAUGUGCAGAUGACGAUGGCGAGGAAGAGAUUGAUGUCAGUGACGAUAGAGAUUCCGCUCAGUAUCACAAUGUAUUACAUUCAGAGGACGAGACGUCGUCAAACCAUGACCAUUUACGCACGGAACCAGUGACGGACGAUGAGGGUCAUGAUGAGGUCAAGGACGAAGUGAGUUCAAGGCCAGCUUACCGAUCAUCUGACACAGAAAAGCGCUCAGAUGGCGAGAGAUCAGACUCGGACAGUGAACAUGUGAAAGAAAUGGUUGUGGAACGCGAGAAGUCCUUCUUCAAAGAGCACACUAGUCCCCCGAAUGUGACAGUGAUUCAACCAUCUGUGUCUCAUCCUAUGUUUCCUUAUCUCUGCCCAUCGGGUUACCCCUCAUCGACAGCAGGGCUGCAUUACCCACUCAACCCUGUACUAUUCAACACAUCAUCCUUGUCCCACGGGUCUCUUCCGGUAUCACUUCUCCAUCACACGGGUCACAAUAUGUCCCCCAUUCCAUCCUCCCAUCUCCACGGGCCGGGGAUGGGGUCGUCUAGCCACAUGGGGGGAUCCCAUGGCCUCCUCCAAAACUCCAAUCUCCUCCCCCAAGGGUACCCCUCCUUGGGUCUCCCGGGCACCUCGCUGUCGCACCUCGCAGGAUCUCAUCAUCUCAGUUCCCUUUUCGCUUCUCGAAGCGCGGGACACAGAUUCAACCCUUACACAAUACCCCUGACCAAGACCACAAUGGCUUCAGCAGGGUCCCCCAUCACCUCACCCUGUGCUCCCCUUGGGGGUGGGGAACCUUCUUCUCGGGGCAUCACCCAUUCAGUAUCAUCAAUGUGUCAAAGUCCACCCUCAAGGAAAAGUCCACUCCAAAGCAUAGCUGUGACUCAUGCCAACCCUCACAGUGAACUGAAAAGCAUAGAGAAAAUGUUGAAUGGUCUCGACAGAAGGCAGGCGCAUCGCGAGUCGGACCUCCGGCUUGACAAAUAACACAGCCUGUUCAUCACUAGCGACUUUUAUUGACGGGUAUGCCAACGUAGACACAACAUGAAUUGUGAACAGUUUAUCUACAUAUGAGAUUGACCUUCUCAAACUCGAAAUGGCCAAAAGUAUGUAUAUGUGCACCUGAACUGAUGACGUCAUCAUUAUAUGUGAAGUGAAAGUGACACUGCCAUGUGUAGUAUUGUGCUGAAUGUCGACAUUUAGAUUUGUCGAAAUGACGUCUUGGGACUGUCGCUAUGACACGGACGACUCUGUUCUUUUUUUCUUCAAUUUAAAAUUUGACAUGAAAAUCGUUUUUGCUGUUGUAGAACAAUUUGUGAUUGGGCAAAUGUGCAAAAGACAAAUCUGUGAUGCUUGCGACUCGGUCACGGCGGAAAUGACCGGACAUUGACGGAAAUUGCCGAAUUCAUUGGACAGAUCACAAACAAAUGUUUUGAUCUCUGUGGCCGAAAGUAGUUUAGUUUAGAACAUCCUACUGUUUCCAACAGCAGCAACGGAAUCCAUUCUGUUGACAUAUAGUCAUUAACAGACUAUGCCAUGGUGUUAGUUAGUACCUUUGGCGUAUUUUUUUCUCAAACAUAGUGCUGUGUAAGUACUUUGACACUGAUACAAAGGGGAGAGCAUCAAAUGAAGGCAGUACUUCUAUUACGGUUCCAUUAAGUGCUUCUAUCAACUUUCAUCUUUUUUUUUCAAAAGGAAUUAUUGAGUACACGUUGGGUUCAUCCUGUAUCUAACGCUAUUAGCGAUAAUUAUUCAACAUCAUUACCAGAAUAAAUUCCCAGUGGCAGAAAUAACGGUAAGACUUCUGCUCGUAUCCCACCUAAAUUUUAACGAUGAUGAUAUAUAUAUUUCAGGUAAUAUGAUUUGACUAGAAGGUAUAAAAUAAGUUUAAAAUUGACAUUGUGCCUACAUACAUUAAA